AUGGCGCACACAGAUCCGUUGCUGUUGCUUCAAGGCCCUUCUCGCAUCGGCCCCUCAGCGCCGGCAUCUGGCGCGGCCAGGCUCGGUCCUGCAGGAGCGGUUAUGCUGCCAGUUCUCUACAACUGCCAGCUGGGUUCCACUCCAUUUCUGCGGAGCUUCGCCCGCAUGGACUCUGCUGUGCUUGUUCUGGCACUCGCGAAAGUGGGUUUGCCGCCGUCUUCGCGCAGUCGCUGGCAGCUGAGUGACUUGAGAUUGGCCAGUGCCAAGAUGAGACAGCACCCUACGGGGCCAGCAGUCUGUCCCCUGGCCGAGUUGCUUGACCUGAUCCUGCCGCUUCUUCCUCCGGCGAGCAAACCGGAAUCACGAAUGCCUGUGGACAACUCAGCCUUGACGCUACGCUUUUCUACAGCUUCCGCAAUCGCGGUGCCCAACAAAGUUGAGUUCACAAGCAACACGUACCUCUACUACAACUCCGCCACCCCCCAGCUCGAGUGGUACGUCGGCGGGGCUCAGGUCUUGACCAUCGACGGCAGCGGAGGAACGCUGCACGGAUCGUGGGAUCUCGGCGCGGGCGGGGCUGUCACGUCCGACCGCCGCCUGAAGCGGGACGUGAAGCCUCUGAAGCGCACGCUCCGAGAGGUCCACGAGACCUCCGCGCAGGUGAGCGAUCUCGUACCUCAGGGAGUCUCUGGCGGCAGCUUGCUGCCAAGCUCCAAGGAGAGUGCGGAAGGUGGGGCUCUUUGGACGCUUCGGCAACUCCGCCCCGUGUCCUACUACUUCAAGAAGGGCAGCGAGUCCAAGUACAUGCGGUUCGGCUUCAUAGCCGACGACCUCGAGUCCGUCCUGCCGCAAGUUGUGCGAACAACUCGUGGCAAGGAGUUCGAAGACCAGAAGGGUGUCAUGUACACGGAUCUCAUUGCCCUGCUGGCCUCAGCAGCACAAGGUCAACAGCAGAUUGUUGAGCAGCAGCAAGACCGCAUGGACAAGCUGCUUGCGGAUUUCGCAACGCUGAAGACUGAGCUGCAGACCUUGAAGCAGGAGGAUCUGGACGUGCCGAAGAUCGACCUUCGCGGCAGAAAGAAGAAAGGCGGAAAGGGCCAGCCGAAAGCAAGGGCCACUGAGACAGACAUUGCGAAUACUACAAAUGGCACGAAUGCCUCCAACGCGACCAAUGCCGCUGCUUGGUCCAGGCCUUCGGAGCCGGCAAAAUCUUUGAUCGACGUGUCGAUCUAA